UUUGUAAUCACAGUUUGUUCUUCGUGUCUCAUCAGGGAGAAAGAGGAGGCCGAACAGCUCCAGCAGGAGGCGUGGGAGCGACACCACGGCAGAAAGGAGCUGCGCGUGAAGAACCAGCACGCGCCGGAGACGCGUCCCGAGGAGGCCUUCUUCAGCCGCCUGGACUCCAGCCUGAAGAAGAACACGGCGUUCGUCAAGAAGCUCCGCACGCUCACGGAGCAGCAGCGCGGCUCGCUGUCGCAGGACUUCGACUCGCUCAACCUCAGCAAGUACAUCGGCGAAGCCGUGAGCUCCAUGGUGGAGGCCAAGCUGAAGAUCUCGGACGUGGGCUGCGCCGUUCAUCUCUGCUCCCUCUUCCACCAGCGCUACACUGAUUUCGCGCCGCUUCUCCUCGCCGCCUGGAAGAGACACUUCGAGGCCAGGAAGGAGGAGAAGACGCCCAACGUGAGCAAACUACGGACCGACCUGCGCUUCAUCGCCGAGCUCACCAUCGUGGGUCUGUUCACGGAUAAAGAAGGGCUGUCGCUCAUCUACGAGCAGCUGAAGAACAUCAUCGGCGCCGACCGAGAGACACACACUCACGUUUCCGUCAUCAUCAGCUUCUGCAAGCACUGCGGAGACGAUAUCGCUGGGCUGGUGCCGCGUAAGGUCAAGAACGCGGUGGAGAAGUUCAGCUCGUCCUUUCCUCCCAGUCAGAUCAUUAAUGCGGAGAAACAGCAGCCUUUCCAGAACCUGCUGAGAGAAUAUUUCACCUCUCUCACUAAACACCUGAAGAAAGACCACCGAGAGCUGCAGAACAUCGAGAGACAGAACAGGCGUAUCCUGCACUCUAAAGGAGAGCUCAGCGAGGACCGACAUAAGCAGUAUGAGGAGUUCGCCACCUCCUAUCAGAAGCUGCUGGCGAACACGCAAACGCUGGCCGAUCUGCUGGACGAGAACAUGCCUGAACUUCCUCUGGACAAAUCCAUCCAGGAAGAACACGGUCCAGGCAUCGAUAUCUUUACGCCGGGGAAACCGGGAGAGUACGAUCUGGACGGAGGCAUCUGGGAGGACGAGGACGCGCGUAACUUCUACGAGAACAUGGUGGAUCUGAAGGCGUUUGUUCCUGCUAUCCUCUUCAAGGACAACGAGAAGAGCAGCCAGACCAGCAAGGAGGGACCAGAGGGAAACAGCACUGAGGAGUUGGAGAUAGAGUUGGAAGCGCUGGACAUCACUGAUGAGCCGAUAGAUCUGGACGCAGCCGACGAGGCCGAAAGUGAAGAACUGGCCAAAAAGUUACUGGAUGAGCAAGAGCAGGAGGAUGAGGAGGCCAGCACCGGCUCUCAUCUCAAACUCAUCGUGGACGCUUUCAUCCAGCAGCUCCCAAACUGCAUCAACAGAGACCUGAUUGACAAGGCUGCUAUGGAUUUCUGCAUGAACAUGAACACCAAGUCCAACCGCAGGAAGUUGGUUCGAGCUCUUUUCACGGUGCCCAGACAGAGGCUGGAUCUGUUGCCGUUCUACGCUCGUCUGGUGGCCACUCUGCACCCGUGUAUGUCUGACGUGGCAGAAGACCUCAGCUCAAUGCUCAAAGGAGAUUUCAGAUUUCACAUCAGAAAGAAGGACCAAAUCAACAUUGAGACCAAGAAUAAGACAGUGAGGUUCAUCGGGGAGUUGGCCAAGUUCAAGAUGUUUUCCAAAACGGACGCGCUGCACUGCCUCAAGAUGCUGCUGUCUGAUUUCUCUCACCAUCAUAUUGAGAUGGCCUGCACACUGCUGGAGACGUGUGGACGCUUUCUCUUCCGCUCCCCGGAAUCUCACCUGCGCACGAGCGUCUUACUGGAGCAAAUGAUGCGUAAGAAGCAGGCUCAGCAUCUGGAUGUGCGUUACGUGACGAUGGUGGAGAACGCUUAUUACUACUGCAACCCUCCGCCGAUGGAGAAGACGGUGCGCAGGAAGAGGCCGCCGCUGCAGGAGUACAUCCGCAAACUCCUCUACAAAGACCUGUCCAAGGUCACCACUGAGAAGGUGUUGAGGCAGCUGAGGAAGCUGCCCUGGCAUGAUGCUGAUGAGAAGAGUUACCUGAUCUGCUGCAUGAUCAACAUCUGGAACGUCAAGUACAACAGCAUCCACUGCGUGGCCAACCUGCUGGCAGGACUGGUGGCGUAUCAGGAGGAUGUGGGCAUUCAUGUGGUGGAUGGCCUGCUGGAGGACAUCCGCCUCGGCAUGGAGGUGAACCAGCCCAAGUUUAACCAGCGGCGGAUCAGCAGCGCUAAGUUCCUGGGUGAGCUGUAUAACUACCGUAUGGUGGAGUCUGCCGUCAUCUUCCGCACGCUCUUCUCCUUCACCUCGUUCGGUGUGAACACAGACGGUUCCCCGAGCCCGCUGGACCCCCCCGAGCACCUGUUCCGCAUCCGCUUGGUCUGCACCCUGCUGGACACCUGCGGACAGUACUUCGACCGCGGCUCCAGCAAGAAGAAGCUCGACUGCUUCCUCAUUUACUUCCAGAGGUACGUCUGGUGGAAGAAGAGUCUGGAUGUGUGGACUAAAGAUCAGCCGUUCCCCAUCGACAUCGAGUACAUGAUCACAGACACGCUGGAGCUGCUGCGGCCCAAAAUGAAGCUGUGCUCGUCUCUGGAUGAGGCCUGUGCUCAAGUCACACAGCUGGAGAGAGAGUUCCUCGUCAAACUGGGCCUGGAGAAAGACGGCCGCUCCUCCAGCGCCAUGGGCGAGAACGAGCCUCUGGAUGAGGAUGAUGAUGAUGAUGAAGACGAGGGAGGAGCCGAGACCGAGGAGCAGUCUGGAAACGAGAGCGAGAUGAAUGAACCCGAGGAGGAGGAGGGCUCAGACAAUGAGGAAGAGGAGCGUGAGGAGGAAGAGGAGAACACCGACUAUCUGACCGACUCCAACAAAGAGAACGAGACGGAUGAAGAGAAUAACGAGGUCACUCUCCGCGGCGGAGGACUCAAACACGUGGCGUGUGCCGAGGACGAGGACUUCAUCCAGGCGCUGGACAAAAUGAUGCUGGAAAACCUGCAGGUGCACAAACACUCUCUAAACCGUCUCCUCUACAUGCUUCUGAGAGCAAAACUGACCCUUUUGACUUUCUUAAGAUCGUCACAUUUGUAGAUUUGUGGCUUCAAGUCCAGCUCUGACUGCUUUGAGUUCUAGUGUACUGCUGAAAGUGUGCUUUUAUUUGAUAAAACUACACCAUUAAAGUAGUCAGUAGCACUUGUGUGCUCUAUUCCAACCAAGUCAUAUGGUCUAUUUUUAUGAUGCUUUAAUGGUGUAUUCUUGUCAGUUUUGGGGUUUAAAAGCUGUGGUCACUAUGACCGCUUUAUAUGGAAAACAGCUGCUUCAAAAUUUUCUAUCCACAAAAAAAUAACAGCAUUUAAGUUUGAAACAACACGAGGAGGAAUAAAAAUAAUCGCUUCAGCUUGAAUAUUUAUAUCUGCAUUUUUAACAUAUAGCUGUGCAAUGAGAAAUUAUGCAGGAAGUAGAAAUUAAAUAACAAUGGUGCAAAUAAAGGUGGUUUGAAGUUGUUUAAUUAA